UGUGUGUGUGUGUGUGGCGGGGGGGGUUGUUUUUCCUUGCGGGAGAUGAACUUUCUCAAUUAAAAGUGCCCGGAGCUGAGCUGUGAAAAUGACGGUGGAAUUUGAGGAGUGCAUCAAGGAUUCGCCCCGAUUCCGGGCGACCAUAGAUGAAGUGGAAACAGAUGUGGUGGAGAUAGAAGCAAAGCUUGACAAGCUGGUGAAGCUAUGUAGUGUGAUGAUUGAGGCUGGGAAAGCCUACAUCACCACCAACAAGCACUUCGUCAGCGGGGUCCGAGACCUGUCGCAGCAAUGCAAGAAGGACGAAAUGAUUUCGGAGUGCCUCGACAAAUUUGGAGACAGCCUGCAGGAAAUGAUUAACUAUCACAUGAUCCUUUUUGACCAAGCCCAGAGGUCGGUCCGGCAACAGCUGCACAACUUUGUGAAAGAUGAUGUCCGGAAGUUCAAGGAGACGAAGAAACAGUUUGACAAGGUGCGCGAGGACAUGGAGAUCUCUCUGGUGAAGAAUGCGCAGGCCCCACGGCACAAGCCCCACGAGGUGGAGGAAGCGACGGGCACUUUGACCAUCACCAGGAAGUGCUUCCGACACCUGGCCCUGGACUACGUGUUACAGAUCAAUGUCCUCCAGGCCAAGAAGAAGUUUGAAAUAUUGGAUGCGAUGCUGUCCUUCAUGCAUGCCCAGUACACUUUUUUCCAGCAGGGCUACAGCCUCCUUCAUGAACUUGAUCCCUACAUGAAGAAGCUAGCCACUGAGCUAGACCAGCUGGUGAUUGACUCGGCCGUGGAGAAGAGGGAGAUGGAGCACAAGCAUGCGCUGAUACAGCAGAGGACCCUCCUGCAGGACUUCUCCUACGAUGAUUCCAAGGUGGAAUUUAAUGUUGAUGCCCCCAAUGGAGUGGUGAUGGAAGGGUACCUCUUCAAGAGAGCAAGCAAUGCUUUCAAAACAUGGAAUCGGAGGUGGUUCUCCAUACAGAACAGCCAGCUGGUCUACCAGAAGAAGCUAAAGGAUGUCCUCACGGUGGUGGUGGAAGACCUGCGGCUCUGUACCGUCAAGCCCUGUGAAGACAUAGAGAGAAGAUUUUGCUUUGAGGUCGUCUCACCUAGCAAGAGCUGCAUGCUGCAGGCCGAUUCAGAGAAGCUGCGCCAAGCCUGGAUCCAAGCGGUUCAGGCCAGCAUCGCCUCCGCUUACAGAGAGAGCCCAGACAGCUACUACAUCGAAAGACUGGACCGAACCGCCUCCCCUUCUACCAGCAGCAUCGACUCUGCCACUGACUCCCGGGAGCGGAGUAUGAAGGGGGAGAGCAUCCUGCAGAGGGUCCAGAGCAUCCCUGGAAAUGACCAGUGCUGUGACUGCGGCCAGGCGGAUCCGCGAUGGGCCAGUAUCAACCUGGGCAUUCUGCUGUGCAUCGAGUGCUCUGGGAUCCACAGGAGUCUGGGCGUUCACUGUUCCAAAGUCCGCUCUCUCACACUGGAUUCCUGGGAGCCAGAGUUACUGAAACUAAUGUGCGAGCUGGGGAACAGCACCAUGAACCAGAUUUACGAGGCACAGUGCGAAGAGCUGGGACUUAAGAAGCCCACCGCGGGGAGCUCCAGGCAAGACAAGGAAGCCUGGAUCAAGGUCAAGUAUGUGGAGAAGAAGUUCCUUAAGAAGUUGCCUACUGGGGAGGCCCUGGCGGAGAACGAGAGGAAACCCCGGCGCUGGAGUGUGAAGAAAUGCCAGCGACACAACAGCACCACAAAAGCCCCUACAGCUCGUAGGAAGUACCGGCAUGAGGCAGGAAAUGCAUCUCCGGCCCCGCUCUCGUCAGCUGCCACUCUGGAGAGGAAAUUCCGGCGAGACUCUCUCUUCUGCCCCGAUGAGCUGGACUCCCUCUUCUCAUACUUUGACACCGGCGCCGGCUCAGGACCACGCAGUCUGAGUAGUGACAGCGGGCUGGGCGGCAGCACAGAUGGAAGCACCGAUGUCCUGGUGUUUGGCUCGGUAGUGGACAGCGUCACGGAGGAAGAGUGCGAAGUGUCGGAGGAGUCCAGCGGCGAGGCGGAGAUAGAGCAGGAGGCCUUGGACCUGGAGGACCUGCGGGAGCUGCACCCUGGCCUCCUGAUUUACAAGGCAGCACAGGCCAGGAACUUGCCUGUCAUGGCAGAGGCUCUGGCACAUGGUGCCGAGGUCAACUGGGUGAAUGACGAAGAUGAAAACAAAACUCCUCUGAUUCAAGCUGUGAUGGGGGGCUCCUUGAUAGCCUGUGAAUUCUUACUCCAGAACGGAGCAGACGUUAACCAAAGAGAUAUCCGGGGCCGGGCUCCUCUGCACCAUGCCACGUACCUGGGGCACACUGGCCAGGUCUGCUUGUUCCUAAAGCGAGGCGCCAACCAGCAUGCAGUGGACGAGGAUGGCCAAGACCCCCUCAGCAUUGCAGUCCAGGCAGCCAAUGCAGAUAUAGUCACCUUGCUGCGUCUGGCUCGAAUGAACGAGGAGAUGCGAGAAGCCGAGGGCCCCUUCGGACAACCAGGUCAAUAUCCCAGCAACAGCCCCACUGAGCUCCAGUACAGGAAGUGUAUACAGGAGUUCAUCAGCCUUAAUAUAGAUGAGUGUUAGUGACAACUCCCCACCUGCCUCUCCUUUGCUGUCUUGAGUGGGCUGAAUUCAAGAAUGCUGCCUGAGCCCCACCUUUGGUGUAUAUUGGUGUUUCUUGCAGAUUGGCCUGAUUCUGAUGCCUACGGCAGAGAGGCCAAGAGCCACAGAGGAAGGAGAGGGAACUUUUGUGUUAGUGUGUAAUUCUCAUGCUUGACUAGAGACGGUCAAUUUCACACAGGAGGAGAUUCAGGGCACACCACAGACCAUGGCUCAUGGAUUUGAGUGUGCAGGGAGCACACGAGUUUAGUGUAAAAAAAGAAAAGAAAACCCUUUAUUGGCAGAAGAAAAUCACCAACGAUACAGCUGGAUGAUAUGUUUGGAACCCGCUGUGUAUUUGUAGCGCUAUAGAUCGGCCCUACACCGAAUUAUCAUAUGAACAAAGUUUGUUUGGACAGUGUGCCAUUGCUGGAGCCCUCUCUUAUCAACGGUGCUCAGCAACUUGAAGUACUCGUUAGCAAAUGGGGUGACUGCAAGGUUUGGAAGUUGUCAGAUCCGGUUUAAAAUGCUAAUGCGGGGGCCUCUUAAGUCUGGAGGAGGCAAGUUGCAGGUAGAGAUCCUCUGCUGCAAAAGGCACACGGGAUGGGGUAGGAAGGGGAGACAUGGCCACCCACCUUACAUGCUCUCAGGUUUAAACCAGCAAAGCUUCCCUUUUUUAAGCCAACAGUAGCUAGCUGGUCAAAGCCAUAGCUCAGCUGCUUCCUGGACUAGGGUGCGAUGUGGUUAGUGUUACUGAAGCAGUGAGGCUAAUUUUUUGUGGCCAGGAGAGGCUCAUCGCCGGCGAUGGGCUGUGUGCCAGGGAAGAAAACUAAAAUCAGACACCCACAGCCUGAGUGGCUAACUCAAGCAGCAGGGUUUUUUCCCCUGGUCAGAUUUCCUACUUAGCCCCUUUCUGAGAAGGGGAUUUCUAUUUGUAUGCGUGUCCCUAAAUGCUGUUGCAUGCGAGCAGGGCAUUUCUGCAGCAGGUCCAGGGAAUCCGGAUUGCUCCAUUUCCUUUUACUGGAAGGACUAUUUUGUUUUUUCUUUUUUUGCUGGAGUGGGGGGGCAACCUGUUUUUACUCCAAGCCACUUUGGAUUUUAUGAUCUGUAUUUUUGAUGAGCUCACGGUGUCUCAGCAGAGAUACUGUCACCACGCUGUCAUUUCUUCAGAGGGCUUGGAGAUCAUGUAUAAAAUUGGAAACCCAACCUGUGACUGUGUAUUACCAUGGAAAGCCUCACUGUGCUCCUUUAUGAGUCCAGUCCCACUGAGCGCUGAGCGCCCCAAAUGCCAUUCAAGUCAAUGGAAUCUGGGGGCUCUUGGUGGCUAACAGGAGAAGCUCAGGAUCUUGAAAGCUGAAAUUCUUAAUCAGGAACACAAGAGGCCAGGAAGACUUCCUAUCCCCUCAGUUAAGCUAGCAGUGACACACCGUAAUAUUUCUUUCCAUCAAAUACUUGUCCAAUUCCUUUAAUAAAAGCCCUGCUCCGCAUACCAGCUGCUGCCAUUGAUAUGUUAUACAUCGGCUGGUUGCUCUCUGUGGGCAUAUUUCUGUCCUCAGGUGCAGCAUGAGUAAGCAGGUUCCACUCAAAUCUAUGCCACACAUCCAGGGCUAGAACAGUAAAGAAACACCACCCAGUUCCUUUAGGUCCUUUCUCAGCUAAAGGGCUGGAUCCUGCUCCUUUGGAAGUCAAGGGAAGCGUUGUCACUGACUUCAGUGGGGUAGGGUACGUCCUGAAGGUGUGCCACCCACUUCCUAUCUUCCCUUGUGGCUUCUUUCCUGUCUGCUCCCUUCGAAACUGUGGGAUGGCCACUCCCUGAAUGCCAAGAUCUCAUCUCAGUUACACCCAUAUGCUGUAAAUCUGGAAUAAUCCUAUUGAGUUUGCUGGAGUUGCUCCAGAUUACCACUAGAGCAGGCUCUUGAUGGCUUCCCUCCUCCACCCCUCAGUAUAAAAUCCCAUUCUCUCCAGCCCUUCACUGUUCCUUCUCCAUCUACACGCCCUCCUGUCAAGCACAGAGAUCACGCCCGUGCUCUUUACAUAACAUGCCAUUACCAAGGCUGGAUUAUGUAAAUCUUCAGCAUUUACAUAGCGCUGCUGUCUUCCUGCCCUGUAAACUUGGUGGGACCCACAGUAAACCUCGGGCCACCUGCACUAUCCCUUUCAAUCACACAGCGCCUGGUUCUGACAACGUUAUGCAAUCCAUACUUAGGCAGUCCUUCCUCCGAACCCUUCUCUGAGUGCAUGCUGAGUAAAGGCUUUAGGAUGCCUAUCGUGGUACUUACUAGAGGCUAAAUGCUGCAGUCUUUGCUCAUGCCAUACUCAGGCAAAAAGCCCACAGACUUCAUGAGUAAAGCCUACAGGGUUGGGCCUUUUGUCGUGAAAUGGUCACUUGUUACCUUUUAAGUACAGAGAAUGGACAUUGAUAUUUUAGUCCCUGUAAUUCAGGGGGCAACUUCCUGGUGUCUAGAUUCUGAUUUUGGUGUAAAUCUGGAGUCACUUCCUUUGAAGUCAGUGGAGUGACUCCAGAUUUACACCAGUAUCUAUCAUGUCUAACGUAGCUAGAAGUGCACACAGUAUUGUAGAGGUGGCCUCCUCUGGGGUUGGAAUGUUUCCCUUUGAUUAGCACUUACAAUGCCCUCUGUUAAGGUUCUUGUUUUCUGUUAAGCGGGGUGCUGAAGGCGAUUGGGUUUGACCCAGCACUUCCCUCAUCCACUUCAGCUUUGGAGUUUUCAGCAUAGAAUCACUAAGGGUAUAAACCAUCUGUUCUCGUGGUGCCUGACCUCAUAACCUUUCAUUUCUCUGCACUCCACACCGUUGCCUUCUCACCUGUCCAAAUCAUGCUAGGUGUAAACAGCUUCCUCCAGAAAACUGACUGACCUCUUCUAUUGCAUCACCUUUUCCUCUGACACCUCCGAUUGAGUUACAGCCUGAGCAUGCUCCCAUUGAGGUCAAAGGGAAGUUUGCGGUUGAGUUCAGUGUGAAUAAGAUCAGAAACCUGUCGAGCAAAACCCUGGACUCACAACUCCUUGGUGUGAAAUUUUCUGCUUGAUGGUAUCGCCAUCUGUGCGGAUCUGUGAUGGUUUAAGAAGCUGCCCAACAGUGAUACUCCCUUGCCCUCCUCAAAUUACCAUGAAACUAUUAUAUAUAUAUAGUGCCGAGCUCUCUGCCCUCAGUCCAGCGACACAAUUGACUACAUGCUUAACUCCGACAGGAAUACUCACGUGCUUAAACUUCAGCCUGUAUUUCUGUGCUUUGCUAGAUUGGGCUCAGAGGGCUCAGGACUACGCAGGAACCAACCAAUGUGCAGCUGAAUAUCUGCUGCUUUUUUGGCUUAGGAACGAGGCGGCUUCUUUGUAAUUAAGACUUGUUAAUUAUCCCAUCCCGUCUCAUUUUAUAUAGAAAGGCUAAUCUGCACAAAACAUUUGGUUCCCUUCAAGCCAUGUCCUCCUCUAGAAAAAGGCAAUAUUGAAUUAAAACUAGAAAAUUUCAGGACACUCCAAAGAAAAAAAGCAACAUGUUGAUCAUUAAACAUCCUGCUCUUACCCUGCAUUAACAAAACCCGGCCUGGUGGUUGCUGGAAACGUUUUCCCUCAUGCGUUGCCUGUUAAUUGGCUCCAAUCAGUUUCCUGACUCUGAAGAGGAGUUAGAAAUUUGGCUGAUCCUUUCUAUAAACCAGUGAGAUCUGAAGGCGUGGCUUGUUCACUCCAGGCCAUUUUAUUUUACAGUCAACAUUAGUGACUCAUGAGAACAAUAGUGUAUGGUUUGGAACAUACAAACUUGGAAUCACUCACUGCCCCAGUAAACGUGGUUAAAGAAUAUGUAAAUACUGACACAAAAAGCAGUAUGUCUGGCAAGACAAUUUAUCUAUUUAAAAUGUAUUGGUACUUUAUUUAGAGUCAAUGUAUAAAGCAACUUUGUGCACUUUUCCUACUUACACUAUUGGGUUUUUUAUGUUCUUUUGUUAUGGAUUUUGUGCUGUCUUUUUUAAUCGGUAAAAUUGUUAAGUAUUUAAUUUAUUAUUGAGAUGCCCAGAGGACUAGUGCAAUUUUCAUUCAAUACAGUUUGGCUGUAUUUAAUGUCAGGAUUUUUUUGUAACAUUACUAGGGCCUAUAUUUUUAAACUUGACUUUUUUUCCCCUCUCCCCACUUCCCUUUCUUUUUUUCUUUUCCUUUUUUUUGUUUUUCUUUUUGUUUUUUUUUUCCUUGUAAAGAGAAUGCAAGGCAUCCGAUGCCUCACAGCUUGAGAUAGGGUAGGACACUUAACGAAUCUGGCAGUUUCUAAAACAAAAUGUUUUUCUCUGGGGAAAAAACUAAGAGAAUGUCUAAGAGGCAUUUUUCAAUGUUUUCUAUGUUUAUUUUAUUUUUUUUUUUUUUUUGAAUGAGAAAUGUGUGCGCGCGUGUGUUUUGGGGCUUGGGAGGGAGGGAGUGUUGGGGAAAUUGUACAUAAAGUUUGUUUUCAGCAAAGCAAAGAGCCAGGAAGGCUACAGGGGAGUCUAGACAUAAAGUCACUGGGUUAUUUUUUUUCUCUUUAAAUAUGGAUACAUUUCUCUGAGUGUUGUACAAUCUUAUUUGAAAUUUCUAACGCCAAAAUUUCUGUCAUUCUUCCUUUAUAGCUCUUCUUUUCAAAGAGUUUGUACAUUACAUACAUGACAGUAACUUGGUUGCAACUGUGAUUAACAUGAACAGAUUUGCCUUUGUCGAGAAAGCGACACCCAGGGUAUUACCUCAACA